AUGCCAGGGUCGCGCGCGCCUCACGUGUCCCGUGAUCUACUUCCGACUUCCCCCUCCUCCGCAUUUCUUCCACACCCCCCCUCCCCCGCCUUUCCACCCAACCUCCUCGUCUGCCCAUCCCGUUGUGAUGUUUCGCGCUCUCCGGAAGCGACACCCUCACCUUCUGCCCCUCACACCCUCCGUUUCCCGCCUCCCCUCUUUGUCUCGCGCGCGCGCGGAGCAGGCGGGAUGGAGCUGCCGGCGAGCGAGGUGGACCCCAAGACGGCGAUGGAGCACGGCCGGCGCCUCGUGGAGGUCAUGCUGCGGCCCGUCCUCGCCUACGCCAAGGCCAAACACGUGCGCUCCAACCCCAACCAACCCCUCCCUCCACUCCCCCAACCGCGCCCUCCCUCCGCUUCCCCACCGCGCCCUCCCUCCGCUCCCCCACACGCGCCCUCCCUCCGCUCCCCCACCGCGCCCUCCCUCCGCUCCCCCACCGCGCCCUCCCUCCGCUCGCCGCCCGCGUCACUCGUUCCCAGCUCCUCUCCUCUUGCCCUCACUCCCUCUUCACCUCCCGCUCUCCCCGUCCCCGCGUCCUUUCUCCCUCCGCCCUCCGCCCUCCCUAUUCCCUCUGAUCGGCAUGAAACAAUGCCGCCCGCGUGCUUUCCCAAACUCGUGCUCCACGUGCCUGCCCCUCUCGUCUGCAUAUGCGUGCACUGCAGUGCGGCGUUGGAGCGCAACGACUCGCGCGAGCAGGGGUUGUGUGCGGCGGCCAGGCGAGCCAACGCUGACCGUGUCUACAUCGCCGCCCGCAAGAAGAUGCUGAGCUGGUCGUCAUCGUCAUCAACGUACCAGUCGCUGCUGCCGUCAUCAUGCACGCUGGUGGUGGCGCAGGGCGCAAAGAAGAUGCACUCGCUGCCCGGCACGGGAGGGACCAACGCCACCUUCACCAUCCCGCCCAACGCCUUCAUUGCCUGCCGCUUCAACGCCUCUGCCACCCCCUCGCUGCACUCGCCCGACUCCAGCGCCGCCACGCCCGACUCCUCCCACCACAACGGAGCGCUGCCAGGCGCCCUCCUGCCGUCGUCCUGCUCGUCGCCCGCCGCCCACCGCACCAUGCCCACAUCCCUCUCCGCCGCCAGUGACACCUCCAGCCUGCACUCCAGCGGCCAGUUCUCCGUGCCCGGGGCCGUACCCGACUGCACUCCCCCCGACCCCUCCGCCCUUCCCGCCCCGGGCAGCCCCCUGGGCGACGGCGCUGCCCGCGUGGUUCACAGCGCUGCUGCUGGCUCUGGCAGCUGCUCGCCCUCCGGCGGCACUCCCGGGGCAUCCACGCCGCUGCACACGCAGGGGCUGGCAGGCGCGGGCAGGGAGGAGGGCGCGGCAGAGGGCACGUGGGAGUCGCCUGUGAGGGGCAGCUUGGCGUCCAUGUCCCUGGGAGCCAGUCCCUUGGGGGCCAGCCCCCUGGGAGCCAGUCCCCUCGCAGCCAUGUCAGCAAGCUCACACCCUGGCCCCGGAGCAGCGCGGCAGUCGCUGGACGCGGACCAGCAGAGCGCUGAGAGGUUCCGCCGUUGCUCCUCCGAUGUGGGCAUGACGCGGCCCUCGGGCCUGCCGCCCAUCCGGUCGUCAGCGGCGGGCGCGCAUGGCGGCAGGGAGCACACGCGCGCCGCCUCCUCCAACGCUCUCGCGCUGGACGCCGCUGCUGCCGCCGCCGCUGCCUCGCGGCUGUCCCCUGCGCUGAACGGCACGGGGCGGCGCGGCAGCAUGGAGCCGCUGGUGGCACUGCAGGAGGAGAGGGAGGUGGGCGGGCAGGCGGGGGGGGGCAGGGGCGAGGAGAGGGAGGAGAGCGCGAGUCUGUCGCGGUCGCUGGCGGACGAGCUGGCGCGGCUGGACGAGGAGGAGGGCGCAGCAGGGGGGGGCGAGCGGUGGGAAGGCAAGGCUGUGAGCAGCAACCGCCUGGCGGAGAAGGGAAUGGAGGCAGCAGGCGGAGACAGUCGAUCCGGGCGGCAGUCGGUGUCGCAGCAGCGCCAGCUGCACCUGAGUGGGCCGCACAACCGCCACUGGAGCCGUGACCACGACGACGCCUCCUCCACGCCCGUUGCUGGGCCGCCUGCAGGCGCGGGUGGUGGAGCAUCUGCAGUAGCAGGGGUGGGGGGGGGAGGGGGGUUUGAAGGUUUGUCCACAGAGCUCCAUUCGGGUGCGGCCACACGCUCGCGCGACUUCUCCAACCGCUUCUCCUGGCAGCGCUUCCACGCGCACUCCUCUCAGACACCCGGCAGCGGCGGCGCCACGGGGCUCUCCAUCGGUCGCACCUCCUUUGGUGGCGGCCCACUCAGUCCACGCUCCGCCGCCCAGCUCAUGAGUGAGGGCGGCAUUGACUGCCGCCUCUUCACCCCGCAGCAGCUAGAGCGCGCGACCGGAGGGUACGAGCAGAGCAACCUGCUGGGGCGCGGGUCGUUCGGCAUGGUGUUCCGCGGGGAGAUGCUGGGGUGCAAGGUGGCGGUGAAGCGCCUGGAGGGGCAGGGGUGGCAGGGGCCAGAGGAGUUCCGCAUGGAGGUGGAGGUGCUCUCCCGCAUGCGCCACCCCCACAUCGUGCUGCUCAUGGGCUGCUGCGUCGAGGAGAUGGCGCUCGUCUACGAGUUCCUGCCGGGCGGCACUCUGCAGGACAAGCUGGGCCCGCCCAAGUCCCCCGAUGCGGCGCCGCUUGCGUGGGUGGAUCGGCUGCGCAUCUUCUCAGAGGUGGCGUCGGCGCUGCUGUACCUGCACCAGAACGAGCCGCCCAUUGUGCACCGCGACCUCAAGCCCGACAACAUUCUGCUGGACGCACACCUGGCCAGCAAGAUCGGUGAUGUGGGGCUGGCGCGGCUGCUGUGUGAGGAUGACAGCAUGACCAUGAAGGUGCGCGGCACGGCGGGGUACAUCGACCCCGAGGAGGUGGAGACGUGCGAGAUCAGCGUGCUGUCGGACGUGUACGCGCUCGGCCUCAUCCUGCUGCAGCUGCUCACGGGCCAGCGCAGUGUGCGGGCCGUGCACCGCCUGCUGGCGGACCUGCAUGACUCGGCCGCCAGGGACGGGCGAGGGGGCGCAGGGGAGGGCGCGGUGGCGGGUGAGGCGCUGCUCAAGUACCUGGACAGCUCGGCGGGCGACUGGCGGCUGGACCUGGCGGAGAGGGCUGCCGGCAUCGCACUGCAGUGUGCGGAGCGCAGGAGGGAGAGGCGGCCCGACCUGGCGGAGGUCAUCCACCCAGCUCUGGCUCAGAUCGCUGCAGAGGCACUGGCGGAAGAAAAGAGACGAAAGAAGAGGAUUGACUCGCAAUUCAUUUGCCCAAUUUCGAAGGUAUGCACAACUCUCGAGGUCUUUGCUCACAAUCUAUACGACACGUGUCAGGAUUCAUGA